CCACGUCAAUUAAUUCUCUCGUCUUCAAAAGAAAGAAGGGGAAAUCUCUCUCUCUCUCUCUCUCUCUCUCUCUCUCACUCUCAAAACAAACUGUCAGAGAGAAAUCAGAAGUGAUACGUAAUCUGCUCUUGUCCCUCACAUUCUAUGUGUUCAUAACUCUACCAUUUGUCAAGCACUUCUCCCAUCGUAUUCUUAUAUGCCCCAACGACAUACACACACUGAUAAGAGUUCGACUCCUCCUCCUCCUCUUUCUUUCUCUCCGUAUCCCCCAUCGGGAUACGUCCCGUUCAAGUAAAGUAAGUCUGCGUGUCUAAUCGUCCCGCUCCCCUUCUUCCGGCAGCAUGGAGAGUCUCAUCAACCGGGAAGAGGAAGGGGUGACCGAGCCCCUGAUGCCACGGGAGCUGAAUGGGAUCAAUCCCGACGAGAAGGACCAGAGUCUCUCUAUGAGGGUCUGGAUCGAGACGAAGAAGCUGUGGCAGAUCGUGGGACCUGCAAUCUUCAGCCGGGUCGCUGCCUACUCUAUGAACGUCGUCUCGCAGGCCUUCGCUGGCCACAUCGGAUCGGUCGAGCUCGCCGCAUUCUCCAUCGCUAACACUGUCAUCGUGGGAUUCAACUUCGGCCUCCUGUUGGGCAUGGCGAGCGCCCUGGAGACACUGUGUGGGCAAGCGUUUGGGGCGAAAAGGUACCACAUGCUCGGGAUAUACAUGCAGAGGUCUUGGAUCGUUCUAUUCCUCUGCUGCUUCAUCCUGCUUCCCGUCUACGUGUUUGCGGCCCCGCUCAUGAAGCUGCUGGGCCAGCCCGACGAUGUGGCGGAAUUGUCUGGCGUGGUGGCCUGCUGGAUGAUCCCUCUCCACUUCAGCUUCGCGUUUCAAUUCCCACUUCAAAGGUUCUUGCAGUGCCAGUUGAAGAACAACAUCAUAGCCUGGGUGUCUCUGGGGACAUUAAUCUUCAACGUGUUAGGGAGUUGGCUAGGCGUGUAUGUGUUCGGCUUCGGUGUCGUAGGGCUGUCCAUUGUCCUGGACUUAUCGUGGUGGAUGACCGUCUUUGGCCUCUAUCUCUACACUGCAUGCGGUGGCUGCCCUCUCACUUGGUCCGGCUUCUCAAUCCAGGCGUUCUCUGGCCUGUGGGAGUUCGUCAAGCUCUCCGCCGCCUCCGGCGUCAUGCUCUGCUUGGAGAACUGGUACUAUAGGAUACUGAUUUUGAUGACAGGGUACUUGAAAGAUGCAACCAUCGCUGUGGAUGCCUUAUCAAUUUGCAUGAGCAUCAAUGGCUGGGAGAUGAUGAUUCCUCUAGCAUUCUUUGCAGCUACUGGAGUUCGGGUGGCAAAUGAGCUUGGAGCUGGGAACGGAAAGGGCGCCAAAUUCGCGACCAAAGUCUCCGUCGUGCAGUCCACAAUAAUCGGGAUCUUCUUCUGUGCGCUCAUCAUGAUUCUACAUGACAAAUUCGCAUAUAUAUUCACAUCAAGCGAUGACGUCCUCAGCGAAGUGGACAAACUCGCUUACCUCCUUGGCAUCACUAUCAUCCUCAACAGCGUCCAACCGAUAUUAUCAGGGGUGGCCGUUGGGUCGGGAUGGCAAGCUUACGUUGCAUACAUCAACCUGGGCUGCUACUACAUUGUUGGGCUUCCACUUGGGUUCCUCAUGGGCUGGGUCUUUAAGCUGGGCGUUCAGGGCAUAUGGGGCGGGAUGAUCUUUGGCGGAACUGCAUUUCAGACAAUAAUAUUGGCCAUCAUAACCGCGCGAAGCGAUUGGGAUAAGGAGGCCAUGAAAGCUAGGGAGCGUGUAGAUAAAUUUUCGGACCCAAAUUCUAACGAUGGUAAUGAAGAGCAGAAGUAGGGCAGCCUCGAAUGAGAAUUUAUAUCUUCUUCCAUGCCAUCAACCAUUAUGCAUAUGCCUGUUCUGUUCCGCUCGAGAUAUCAGGUUCAAGGAGAUUCCUGUUAGACGGGAAUUGGACGAUCAAUAGUACACCAUUGUGCAUCUCAUUGAAAUGAGACCACCUCGAAAGGGGCCAGUUUUUCGGCUUAUGAGACGGAGAUCAGUUGAAGGUCUCUCUUUUUAAGUUUUUAUGUUUCUUCAAAUUAUCACAGAUCAGUUGGCUAUUGCUAACAAUUUUGUGCAAUCAAAGACGAUCUUUGCGUUCCUUCCAAUUCCAUUAUCUCCGCGUCAUCUCAUUUUUCUA